ACCCUCCCUGCCACCCUCACCUCCAUCAACAACUUCGCCUUCUGCGACUGCUCCGCCCUCGCCUCCACCAACCUGCCCGCCGGCCUCACCUCCAUCGGCUACUACGCCUUCUGCCGCUGCUCCUCCCUCGCCUCCAUCAACCUCCCUCCUGGCCUCACCUCCAUCAACAAACGGGCCUUCCACAGCUGCUCCGCCCUCACCUCCAUCACCCUCCCUGCCACCCUCACCUCCAUCGGCGACGGUGCCUUCUGCCGCUGCUCCUCCCUCGCCUCCAUCAACCUGCCCGCCGGCCUCUCCUCCAUCGGCAGCUACGCCUUCGGCGGCUGCACCGCCCUCACCUCCAUCAACCUCCCCGCUGGCCUCACCUCCGUCGGCUACAGCGCCUUCAACCGCUGCUCCUCCCUCUCCCGCGUCGCCUUCCCUGCCGGCCUCACCUCCACCCUCCACCGUGGCGCCUUCCACGACUGCUCCUCCCUCGCCCGUGUCAUUGUGCCAACCGCCGCCACUAGCCCCCCCGUCCUAUUGGCUACGGAACCCCCUACCCUCCCCCCUCCCGAGAGCAACGAGCGCUUGCGGCGGGAGGCGCUUGCAUUAUCCCCACCCUCCACCACCGUCCUCCGCCUCCCGCCCAGAAGGAUGCGCCGGUACGAGGCGGUGGACGGGGCUCUGGCCUACAAGCGCUGCCGCCCCCUCCUCUACGGCUGGCUAGAGCGGGCCCAGACCAGCCUCGGCUCUUACGGCCCGGACGGCGCGGCGCGCAAGCGCGACCGCGAGGAGUUCGAGGGCGACUUUGCGGGGGACGGCGAAUGCGGGCUCCUCGGGCGGGUGCUUGAGACGCCGGGAGGCCGCAUGUGGCGUGCAUGGGCCAGGUUUGGCCAAGGUGGUCUUUCCUCGCCUCUCUGCUUUCUCUUUCUUGUCGGAAGUCUCUCGCUCUCUGAACUCCCGCGUCGCGCGCGAAUUCUUUUCUUCGCUCAAGGCCGUCGCUGCCAGGCGCGCCUGUAG